GUGACAUGUCUGAGAGUAAAGCCAAGAAGAUUGAAAUCAAGGAUGUGGAUGGACAGACUCUGAGUAAGCUGGUUGAUUACAUCUAUACUGCUGAAAUUGAGGUGACCGAAGAGAAUGUCCAGGUGCUGCUCCCAGCAGCCAGUUUGCUGCAGCUAAUGGAUGUUCGGCAGAACUGCUGUGACUUCCUGCAGUCUCAGCUGCAUCCCACCAAUUGCCUGGGCAUCCGCGCAUUUGCAGAUGUGCACACCUGCACUGAUCUUCUGCAGCAGGCCAACGCCUACGCAGAGCAGCACUUUCCAGAGGUGAUGUUGGGGGAAGAAUUUCUUAGCCUAAGUCUGGACCAGGUGUGCAGCUUGAUAUCCAGUGACAAGCUGACAGUUUCUUCAGAAGAGAAGGUGUUUGAAGCUGUGAUUUCGUGGAUUAAUUAUGAGAAGGAAACCCGUUUAGAGCACAUGGCAAAGCUGAUGGAACACGUCCGACUCCCUCUUUUACCUAGGGAUUACCUAGUCCAGACGGUUGAAGAAGAAGCUUUGAUAAAGAAUAACAACACCUGUAAGGACUUCCUCAUUGAGGCCAUGAAAUACCAUCUGCUCCCUCUGGAUCAGAGGCUCUUGAUUAAGAACCCAAGGACCAAGCCCAGGACUCCAGUCAGCCUGCCUAAGGUCAUGAUUGUGGUUGGUGGCCAGGCGCCCAAGGCAAUCCGCAGCGUGGAGUGCUAUGAUUUUGAGGAGGACCGGUGGGAUCAGAUUGCUGAGCUUCCCUCCAGGAGAUGCAGAGCAGGUGUGGUGUUCAUGGCUGGCCAUGUGUAUGCCGUGGGUGGGUUUAAUGGCUCUCUGCGAGUGCGGACGGUGGACGUGUAUGACGGAGUGAAGGACCAGUGGACGUCCAUUGCCAGCAUGCAGGAGCGCCGGAGCACACUGGGUGCAGCAGUGCUCAACGACUUGCUCUACGCAGUGGGAGGAUUUGAUGGCAGUACUGGCCUGGCAUCGGUGGAAGCCUACAGCUACAAGACCAACGAGUGGUUCUUUGUGGCCCCCAUGAACACGCGGCGGAGCAGUGUGGGUGUGGGCGUUGUGGAGGGGAAACUAUAUGCUGUCGGGGGUUACGAUGGGGCUUCCCGCCAGUGCCUGAGCACCGUGGAGCAGUACAACCCAGCGACCAAUGAGUGGAUAUACGUGGCGGACAUGAGCACCCGCCGCAGUGGCGCAGGGGUUGGGGUGCUCAGCGGACAGCUGUAUGCCACAGGUGGGCACGAUGGGCCAUUGGUGAGGAAGAGCGUGGAGGUUUAUGAUCCUGGAACAAACACCUGGAAGCAGGUGGCAGACAUGAAUAUGUGCCGGCGCAAUGCAGGGGUCUGCGCAGUGAAUGGGCUUCUGUAUGUGGUUGGAGGGGAUGAUGGAUCCUGCAACUUGGCUUCUGUGGAGUACUACAAUCCUGUCACAGACAAAUGGACCCUGCUGCCAACCAAUAUGAGCACAGGGCGGAGCUAUGCAGGUGUUGCUGUGAUUCACAAGUCCUUGUGACCCAAACUCCCACUGCCAGGAGGUGGAGGAAGGAGUGGGAGCAGCCUGUGAUUCAGCAC